UUUUUUUAAAGAAAAUUUUAAUUUACUUUGUGUCUGUUUGGUGGAGAUAUCUAAGGAUGGUGGAGAAAUAGAACUGGGAGAAGGAAAGUAGGGAUCUGAAGAUUGUGAGAGGCAGCGCAGCGAUAGCCGAGCGGAGUUGGCGAAGGCAGAGCGAAGAAAAACUCGGAAAAAUGGCGUUCACAGUUCGAGGUUUGAAGGUUCCGCCGAACUCCGCGAGUCUUGAAGAAGCCCGGAAUCGGGUCUUCGAUUUCUUCAGAUCAGCAUGUAGAUCAUUGCCAGCAAUCAUGGACAUUUACAACUUGGAUGAUGUCACUACUGUUUCUCAACUCCGUUCUACCAUCGCCUCUGAGAUCCGCAAGAAUUCUCACGUCACUGACCCUAAGGUGAUUGAUAUGCUUCUUUUCAAGGGAAUGGAAGAGCUUGGUAACAUUACUGAGCAUGCGAAGCAACGGCAUCACAUCAUUGGUCAGUAUGUGGUUGGUCGCGAAGGACUUGUGCAAGAUUUUGGCGCCAAGGAUCAAGGCAUGUCCAAUUUUCUCAAAAACUUCUACAGAAGUAACUACUUCUGAACUUCAUCUUUCCUGGAAUUAUUCCAGUGGAAUAUGAUAUCCAUAGUUUUAAUUUGUGAUCUUGAGUAAUAAUGAAGGAACUAUACCUGUCCUCUAGACCAUGACAUUAUUUGAUCGUUUUGUGGGAUUGAAUUGUUGGUAUAUUAUAACCAAAGCAAUCCAAGAUCUUUGUUUCUAUUUA